UUUCCAACCAAAAGAGUAUCAAGGAAAACGUAAAGUAAACAGUACACGAAAUCAUUUACCAUGAUAUUGUAGCGUUGUUUGCUGUUUAGCGUCAGCUGCUUAGAGUCAGUAUGAGAGAUUUAUAAUUCGUAACCGAAUAAUUAUUUUGAGCCUGUUCUUUUCAAUGACUCGACCAAACGGGAAUCGGUUCAUGAUUCAGUUCGGAUUCGAGCUCUGACGCGCCAAAAGUCGUUUGAGGCAAUUUGUCAUUCCAUAAAACAUAAAUGAGAAAUGUUUUGAACUCAUGGAGCAAAAACAGCGCAGGAUUAAGAAGAUAACUACAAUUCAUGGAAACUAAACCUGGAAAUACGUAUUAUUGUUUACCAACGAUGAAGAAGGUUCAACACCUGCACGCACCACUCUCGAAAGGAUGCGGGAGCGGGAGCUGCAGCGUGUGGGCAGGAGAUUGCUGCUGUUGGGCAUCUGUCUGCUGACUCUCUGGGGUCAGCUGAGUCUGGCCUCAACACAUCGCAGCCAUAUUGUACACGUCAAAGCGGGAACCUGUGAGGUCAUUGCAGCCCACCGCUGCUGUAACAAGAACAAAAUCGAGGAGCGCUCCCAAACUGUCAAGUGUUCUUGCUUCCCUGGGCAAGUUGCUGGGACAACAAGAGCGGCUCCUUCGUGUGUGGACGCUUCUAUAGUAGCACAGAAGUGGUGGUGUCAGAUGCAGCCGUGUAUGGAGGGCGAGGAGUGUAAGGUGUUGCCGGAUCUAAAAGGUUGGAGCUGCAGCACGGGAAACAAAGUCAAGACGACCAAGGUCACACGAUAGUCUGGGACCAAUAUACAUUUGGGACUAGCAGCUUUUUUUUUUUUUAUCAAAGCAAUGGAAAUGAAGAUACACAGACUUCAAACUACUUCACAACUAUUGGGAUCAAGUUGUUGAACCUCAUUUGAAAACUAAUGUCACUUGGAAUGGACCAUUUAAACACAUGGGAUUUUUCUCUCUUUUUUCACCCCCUCUUCUAUUUUCGCUCUGCCAAACUCCCAUCUUUGCUUUCUAACAGUGUCGGACAAGAUCAUACACCAUGUAAAGUAAAUAUUCCAUAAAAAUCAACAUGUUGACCAGUUCAGAGACAAUUCUGCAAUUUCAGAACAAUGGAUUACAUUUCCUUUUUGAAGCGAAAGUGGACUUGAAAGGUUGGCUUAUUACUUGAAUCAUAUGUUCCAGAGGCACUAAUAUUCAGUCCCCUAUACUUUGGUGCCAAUAUUUUCUUUCUUCUACUAUGGGCAGACUUUCUGAUCAAUGUGAAGUGUAUGAUUUUUGGGUAUGGUUUUGGGGGCACUCAGCUCCAUUUUGAAACAGACUUGUGCAAGAGCAAGAGGCAAGUAUGACGCUAAGAAUUACCGUUAUUAAUAAUGGAUGAAAAAGUUGAAGUGGUCUAUGGGAGCAGUGAAAAAGAAGAUAGCAAAAAGAUUUAUUGUUUGUUUUUAAAAGCCUCGGUGGCCAAUAUUGAGUCAAAGUGUCAGUAUUAUCUUAAAUAAAAGUAUCUCUAUGGGAAAUCUCGUCCAAUUGUAACUUUGAAGCAUGAUUACUCUGCCAACAUAAAAGAG